AUGACGUCUCCCUCCCAUCUCUGUCGUUUGCUUUUUUGGAUCUCCGUCUUCUUCCAAACAAUCAAAUCAUUAUUCAUCUCCAACACCCCGUUACCUCCACCUCUCUUCCCUCCCAAGAAAACUUCUUCCGUCAUACCCGACAUCCCGGUACUCUCAACUCCCUUCCCUCUCCUCCAUGUCUCAUACGUUCCGUUAAGGAAAAUUAUCGAUUUUAUGGAGCCAAAAACAUUAGUAUCACUUUCCUUUUGCUCCCGAAAAACUCACUCUGCCAUAAAAACUCAACAAAAGGCGCCAUUCAAUGGGCGUCUCUGUGUUUCGGGAUUCGACAGCAAUUUAUCAUUCCGUACAUUUCGAAAUCGCAAUUGUGUGUUGAGUGUCUGCGACUGUUCGUGUUUGCCAACUUCUGAGAGAAGUGAUUAUGUUAAAAUGAACGGGCAGUACGUUCCAGUUAAAACGCACCCUUUGGAUGGAUAUCUUGUUUGGUACUGGGAUAAUACAACGGACGGAUUGAAAACUAUCACUGACUAUGUUACCGAUCUAUUCAAUACUGAUGUAUCAAAAGUCUGUGUAUCUAAAGAUGCAAUCAAUAUGAUUGAAUGGGUGAUCAGAAGACAAAAAACACCAUUGGAAAGUGUCACUGUCUGCGGCGUUACAUCAUCAGAAGAAGAACUGAUUUAUUAUUUGAGGGAUUGCAAAACUUCAUCGCAAAUAGAAAUUCGCUCAUAUGCUCCACCCAAUUUCCGCUUCUCCGAAAACUUUCGGAGAAUCGAUUUCUUAGUUAUCUGGCAUGGAGAAUGGGUAACAAUUGACAACCUAUUGACAAUGGAUGGAAUUGUUAUUAGUCUGGGAUACUCUAAUCUAUCUGAUAGUGAUUUGAAUCUCUUUCUGAAGCAUUGGCUAGCUGGAGGAUGUCCCCGAUUGAAAUUUUUUUACGCUGGCAUUCAUUCUGUAAACAUUUUGCAAGUACUCGCCGGUCUCAUGCAUAAUGCCGUUUAUUUGGAAAACAGUCGUAACUACACCAGCCCAUCCGGAUACACAUCGAUAUUGUCAGAUGGAUAUGACAUCCAACGUUCAGAUGGUGUGACGGCUACAGUACACUAUCAUUCUCCAAGAACUUUUCUCAUUGCAGUUUGGCCAGAGACCACUCAUAAUUCUAAUUAA